GGCGAGACUAGACCACACGCGUGAUAUGAGUCAUUCAAAAAUGAGUAACUUAAUGAAAUAAGACGAUUCUGUGAUAAUGUGUCGUUUUCUUUAUAGUGUUUUAAUUGUCUUAGCUUGUACAAGUUACUUGCCAGUAAUUAGUCAGUAUGUGGACUCCCCGUGCCCAGGGACUUUUGAGUAUCAAAGUGACGGUGAUGGAGUGUACGGAGUGAUACACCUGCAGCCCCAUGGACCUGUGUCUAGCAUACAUGUUGUGGUUAAUUUUACGAUAGCAGCUAGACUUAAUUCGAAUUAUCCAGGCCGCCUACAGCCAAUUAAAACCUCAGGAUCACAAUUCGAUCAAAAUUCACCCAUAUACUACCGAGUAGAUUUCCCCGUCACCACACCCUUACCGAAGCUGACCUACCUCAUCGUCAACGGCAACGUUUUAUGCUACGGUCGUGGAGAUGUGGCCCGGCCGGAUUUAUACGUGUCCACAAUCAGUCUACAGCACAAACUGAAUUUACGAGGGGGAGGACCGGGAAACCAGGGCUCUAUCAAACUCAUCUCUUCAUCACCGGACGCUGACGUGUUCGCACUUGACGUGGAUGGUGAUCGUACCGGCACUUGGAAUGACGGAAUACAACGUCCACAAAAACAGCGUCCACGGCCUGCUCCGCGACCACCACCACCACAAGAUGAGUAUUAUCUAUUAGAAUUACCACUCCACACCACAUCUACUAGAAGACCGACUCCUCCGCCACGACCGGACGAGUACUAUCUAUUAGAAGUACCACUCCACACCACAACUACUCGAAGACCGACAUCGACAACUUCUACGCCACCACCACCAGCAACAGACGAGGACUAUCUAUUAGAAUUACCACACCACUCCACAACUACUCGAAGACCGAUAUCGAUAACUCCUCCGCCGCCACCUGAAUCUAUUCACCCACGAAUGCCUUCACGAAUCCCCUCCUUCAGCUCUGAGUGCGGCGUGGUUGCGGGAGGCAACGAGCAUGUGCCCCUCAUCUUCCACGGCACUGACUACACGCGAGGGGACUGGCCGUGGCUGGUCGCCAUUUAUAAGAGAAAGGAUGGCAGCCUCACGUUUGCCUGCUCCGGGACGCUGGUGUCCGAUCGGCAUGUAGUGUCUGCUGCCCAUUGCCUGCAGCAAAGAAGUACGCUGACCUCGAUUAGGGAUAUCGUAGUCAAAGUGGGCGUGUAUAACUUGGAGGACUGGGGUGACGAUAUCACUGUCACCAGGACUUUAGAAUCUGCCAUCAUUCAUGAAGAGUUCAAUUCUACGACGUAUUCAAAUGACCUCCUUGUUCUAACUUUUGAUAAAAGCGUAGAGUUCAACAACAACAUCAGGCCGGCGUGUCUUUGGAACGGAAAUAACGAUCUCAACAGGAUAGUGGGAGCUUCAGGGGUGGUAGCUGGUUGGGGGGCCAGCGAACUAGGCCCAAGCAGCAAAGGCAAAGGUGAGCCCCGCAUGGUGCGGAUACCCAUCGUCACCACCAGCAUGUGUCGGGCCAGCAGGCCCGACUUCCACGUGUUUACGAGUGACCACACGUUCUGCGGAGGUGAUCGUAAUGGCGCUGGUCCCUGUUUAGGGGACUCCGGCGGAGGGUUAUAUAUUCUGGACGGAGGUCGCUGGCGUCUCCGCGGCGUAGUCUCACUGUCGCUCCGACCAGAAAACGGGGAAUCUACAUGCAACCUCAACGAAUACGUCAUUUUCACUGAUGCAGCGAAGUUUAUAGAUUGGAUUAUAAAUGUCAUAAGCAAUAAAUUUUAAUAGUGAUUUUGAAACUGACUGUUAGCAAUAGAAAAUAAUUAG